UAAUCCUUCCAGAAAUUAUUAAAUAUGUUCAAUAAUUUCGCGGAAAGGUAUAUUACGUAUAUAAAAGACCACCCUAUUUCGUAUUUUCUUGAGUUCAAUACAGCUUCGAUUUUCUUCGAUCGGACAUAUAUAUACCGCGUGCUUGGUGCCUCUAUUCAAUGCAAUAUUCAUUGGUCCAUUAGACAACUUCCAUUGGCCGCAUUACACAGAAUUUCCGUUAUCGCAGAUUCUCCGCUAGCAGAAAAAGACACGUGUUUUACACCUGUCCCAGCUGGGAGUAUGGAAUCGUUGAAUACCUGAGAGUAAGACAACUUGCCGCUUCUGAGUAUAACGUAACAGUCCUACUUCUCCAACACUAACAGAUGAAAAGGCGGAAUUUUCCAAUUCGUUCUGUAUUUGCUUUAGAAAUUUGUCGAAGAUAAUGUCUAUAUAAUUAAGUCAGUGCGGGACCUUGGGUGACGGACAAGGUAUUUGUUUAAGGACUCGAAAUGAUAGCGUCCUUUUAUAACUUUUAGUAUACGACAUCAACAAGAAAAAUUACCAACACUCCCAAGAUAUUCGUAAUUAGACGGCAGGACGUUUCGGAGGGGGGCAGCCUCUGCUUUUGAGAUCUGGUGAUUUCAGAUUAUUUCUUAACUUUGACAGUUGUGUAUUAUCAAUUGAAACGAUCAUGGUUUUUAAUUGAAGUGAAUUUAAAUUCCAAUAACCGCCAGCCUUCUAUUAUGUGCUGUAUAUAAUUUCCUUUUCACAACACAAUGCGCAGUGUGUUUUCCACAGACCAACAGGUAGAUCGGGAUUAAUCCAUGCCUCUCUGUGUUGCAAUGACUGUGACAUCUCAAGGCUGUUGUUGAAUGUUUCGGGCACCUGUUGUACAAAGUAAACCUAUCUGCAUACCGGGUAUACGGACAUCUACCACUUUCAUGACCCAGUUGAAGAAUCUGCUUCAUUCAUUGACGGUGAAGAUGUAACAAUUUGGAGAGCAUUUUCUCGGGACAUUUACUCGGAAACGAUUACGUGUUUGUUUUACGGUAGUUCAUAUUUACCGAAGUCGUUUUGAAGUCAGUUUAUUACAAAUAGGCCUACAAUGUUUCAAUUUUAAAUCGAUUCUUCAAUCUCCAUAAAACGUUUGGACAGGACCCUGGGGUGUCAUCAAACGGGGAACAAACGUUUAUUGUAAAUGACUGGAAAUUUGGAUUCUGGUGCAAUUCCGUGGAUGUAAACUUUUGUAAGAUCCAAGCCAAAUGACGGUGAACUCGCAGAGAUUGUCAGACGUUCAGGAUAGACUGGAGAAACUUCUAACAGACAAAAAAUGUCUCAAUUCCAAAGUCACUUCAGACGCAUUCUCGGGAUUCAGAGCCGCCGUCAGCAAAGUAAAGGCUGGUCAGACAGUGGAUUUAAGUCCCUCCUUAAAGAAAUUGGAAAUCAGCCUUAAAAAUGAGGGGUCCUACAAGAAUGUGAAGGUUGGAUUUGAAUCUGCCAAAACCGAGAUUAACGAGCUUUUAGGAACUGUCGAAUCGUCCCCAAAAGCUCGACCAUCCCCCAAGGUUUCACUACAGCCAGGGAAAUUGGACUCGAAACACUCAAACCCACGGGCUGUCACGGUAACACUUUCCAACAGUUACGCCCGUCAAAAACUCCGUGCCAACGGUCCCGGAUACCAGAGGCCCACCAUAGAACCGGACGCUCCGCCAGCUAUACGCACCAGGAAACCGCCCGUGGAGAUAAAAGGAUCACAGCCCAAGAAUACAGGACCGGAAGAACUAUCAUCUUUGAAUAAGACAAUUUCCCGACUGUUUAAUCAUCUAGAAAUCAAUAAACUAGCCAAAGAAGCUGACGCCAAACACACGACUACCAGACCUCGUCACGCUCGGCGGUCACCUAGUCCCCAUCGGCGUCACAAACGUGAGGAACAUGACGUCAGGGAACUUCUGGAGAAGUUGCAGACGUUUGAGGACGAACUUCAGAGGAGAAGAGAAAAACAAAACGAGGAAAUACUCAGUUUACAAGCUCAGAUUCAGAAGUACAAAAUUCAGGCAUCGGACCAAUCAAAAGAACUGGAGAGAUUACGGGGGGUCCACUCUAUCACCAAUAAAGCAAAAGGCCGCCACGUGGGACUGAUAGAAGAAAGAUAUCAAGAAGAGAAGAAAGAUUUUGAAACGAAAUUAAAAGAACUUGAACAUCAUCUGAAGAAAAAAUAUGAAAGUACAAUACAUGAGAAGGAGAAUGCAGAGAGCACACUGCGGACAGAUCUAAAUAAGCUGAAGCAAGAAAUACAGCGGCUGGGGGGUUUAACUUCCGGUGUUAAGAUAUCAAAGAGGCCCCGAUACAGGACAGAAACCGAGCUUUACAACAUUGAAGAACUGCUGUCAACACUGGACGUCGCAGCAAAGGAUUUACAGAGCCACCAAGAUAAAAAUAAAGGAAUGGAAGAUGGUGCAUCUGUCUGGAUAAGUAAUUAUAUAGAACUGGAGAAGGAGAUCACCAGAUUCUGUCACGAUCUUUCGACAUCUUCACAAAAUAAACAGAAGGUGACGAAUAACCCCGGUUCUAUAGCGGACUUAAAGGCCAUGCUAGAGGAAACCAAAGCGCAUGUCCUUGCCCGAUUCCAACAAAUAGAGGUCAAGGACAGGACUAUACACGACCAAGACCAACAACUCGUAAGACUAAGGCAGUCCGGUAGUUUGCUGACUGAACUGGUUUCUGAAAUCGAGGCCUCCUUCAAAGAACUACAGUCGUACACACAACGUAGUCAAAGCACUCUGUCCGCACGAAGCAACUCUAAUCUUAGAUCUAUAGACAUGCUCAAGCACUUACGCCUUUAUAUUAAUGAAUCUUCUAGUGCAUCAAGAGGAAAAGACAAGUCUCUGAAGGACUUAGAGAACGAUCUAGUGGCUCUGGAAAGUCGCAUUAAGAACUUAGAUGCGGAUGUCACGCCUAACUACACAGACGACAAUAUACACGGCGACACGCCCACUCCCACGCGACAGCUGUCAAUUGUUAGUCAAAGUUACGAGGGCGUGUCUGAGUCCUGUGGCACGCUGCUUAAGAAGCUCGAUGUUGUGCAGAUAGGAUUUGUACAGAUUCAGAGACAGAAUAAACAAAUGGUCAGUGAAAUAAACUCUCUAAAGAAAGUAUCGGAGUCAUUUACCAAGACCAAGCAAGAUCUGGAGGGAAUUUGUAAAGUUUUGGGCGUGUCACUUCGUGACGUAGAUACUUCUAAUGUAUCUCACGUGGUCCGAGUAUGUAGAUCCGGGGCGGAGGGUAAGACGAAGGAAGUGGAUAUCAAGGAAGGGAUUAUCCAGAAAACAAGAUCAGACUUGGAUAAACUCCGGGAGGAUAUUCACAUCUUAUGGGAGUAUGUCACUGUCAGUGACGACAGCGCCACCUCCAAAUCAUCAAGCGGAGAUAAAGCUGACAGCGCUACUCCUGAUACCAAGACUGUAGAUCCUAAACAGUCUAGCUCUGGCAAGACACAGUCCAACACUAAGGAGGACAUGGAUCAGAUCCUUAGACAGUUCAACAAACUCAAGGGAGAAAACUCUACAUUAUACGCGACACUAAAGGAAAAAGAUGGGACUGUGAUUGACGCUGAGAGCAAACUGAAAGUAGAGAGAACGCACCUGGUUCAGCAGGUCAAGGACAGAGAUGAGAAGCUGGCACAGACCCUUAUAGAAUGUGAAAAAUUGAAAACAGAGGUAGCUAAAGCUUUAACCGACAAAAAAUCAGCUGAAGACAAUGCAAACAAAGAAAAGUCGAGCUUAAGCCAACUCAAAGCGCAAUUGGUAGAAUUAGAGGAGGAAUUCACCAAGGUCAAGGACACAUAUGAAGCUCGAGUUGAUGACCUACAGAAGAAACUUAAAGAAUCUGUAGAGGAAACAAAUAAACUGUCCAAGGACAACCAGAAUCUAUUGACCAGAUUGAGCUCGGUAGCCAGCGCUCAGCUGACCGAUGCCAAUCCGUCCGUGGCUGACUUGAGUGACGUCAACCGGCCUACGAAGAUUGCCGAGAAGUUCUCGGAACUUUACGACAACGAGUGGACCGACGCGUUUGAAGCUCUAACUACACAGUACCAUAUGAGUGAUAAAGAGGCUGUAGACACCCUGCUUAGGAUUCUCAAGGACUGUUUUAACUUCGGUAAAGUGGCCGCCAGCAGCCAGUUGUCAGAACUUCAAAAGGUUCUCCUCAUGCUUCACACGACAGGCAGGACAAGGCAGACGGUGGUGUUGUCCAGUGUUAAGAAGCUAUCCAAAGAGGACACAAAAUCAAUUAAAGACGUCAGGAAGGCGUGCGCUGUCCAUGCCACCGGAGCUGUCCGUAAGCUGUUUAACGACACGCCUGACGGCCGGACGGCACUCAGCGAUUCUCAGCAAUCGUCUUGCGCUAACUUCAUUGCCAAGGCUGUAGAGCUAUGCUGGUUCAUGAACAUUCAAGAUCCUCCCCUCGCAGUCACGUGGAAUGUCAAACCCGGCGAAAUUUGUGACAACACACGUUAUAAACAGUUCACACAGUCCGGGCAGUUUGUAGAGUUCCUGGUUUGGCCCCCAUUAUACUUGUUCAAGGACGGGCACCUGCUGAGCAAAGGCGUGGUGCAAUGUAUAUGAUUGUGUGUUUUGAUAAAUCUGUAUUAGGACGUAUCCUUCAUAAUAUCAUUUGCCAAAAUUAUGCAAUAGUUGCUGUUAUGUAUACAAUGUUUUGUUAUUUUCUUUACUUUGACAUUUUGUUAUGGCAUGAAAUAAACCAAUAUUUCUUUUUAA